AUAGAUAAAUAAAUAUCACGCGAAUUCUAUCCAUUUCAUCUUCAGCCGCUCUCGCUAUCCUCGACGCAACCCUUAAUCUAAAUCGCCAGGUUUCACGGAGAUUUUCCUCGAUCAUGGGAGGAGGAGCCAUGCGAACGGCAGCCAAGGUGGCUAACAUCGGUGUCGGCGGCAUCAGGGGUGCGGGAUUCCCGUCGAUCCCCGCGGUGACUGAGCAGUCGAUGAUGAGGAGCGCGUCCAAGCAGGUUUCCCCGGCGAUCGUAUCUGCGUCUCAUUCGAAGGUUGAUGGCGUGGCUCAGGUGCAGCGGCCUUCGUGGGAGGUUGAUGACUGGGAGUUCAUCGGCAGCGGGGAGGAGCGUGUUGUAUCCGAUCCCCGUGGCGGUGAGCCAAUGGGUAGGACCGUUGUCCAGGGCCCUCCUAGCCUUCAGGAGGCUAAGGAUGCUACCACUGAAUUGAAAGAUGCUCUGGAUAAGGUGUAUCUGUCAUCUCCAAAGUCUACUGGAUUUGAGGAUUCAUUUGCAUCAGAGGCUGGCCAUGUCCCCAGCCUCUCGCUGCUUUCGAAUGCUUAUUGCUUGGAGAGUAGGCCCAGCGAGACUAAAGCAGUUCCUGUGCCGAAACAUGCUAUGCAGGCAUUUGCUUUGCUUAGUGAGAGCCCUGAAGCUCAGAAUGUUGUUGCUUCAAUCGCAUCUGAUCCUAAAGUUUGGGAUGCUGUAUUGAAAAAUGAUGCGCUUUUGCAAUUCCUCGACUCCCAGAAG